GUUUCCGCAUUCUGUUGUGAGCUGUCAGUGCGAGUGUAACUUGGAAAGCGCACUGUCGUGUCUCAUAAGUAACUAUCUUAUCAUCCAUUCCCGGGGAACUACCCGUUAAACGGUUGAGAUCCAGGAUGCCCUAUGUAUUCGUUAGUACUCAGAUCCGGCUGGAGACUGGGCCAACCAUGGUAGGAGAUGUAUACUCUGACCCAGCAAUAAUGAACUACCUGGGAGCCAGGAAAACCACCAUGCUGGGGAACAAUUUCUCGGAGUACCACGUGGACGAACCUCCGCGUUUGGUGUUGGACAAGUUGGAGAAGAUUGGCUUCCGCAUGGUGACAAUGACAGGUGUGGGACAAACGCUGGUGUGGUGCAUGCACAAGGAGACUGAGUGACCUGACUGUGGAUCAAUGACACUGAUAGUGUGUCUUGGGCCACAAGGUUGUGGUGGUAGUGUUCUGUCCAAUGAGGAGCAAGAGCUAAAAACCUAUAUUGUAGGUAUUACAUAAAAAAAUCAAGGAUGGAUUCUAUACAUUCAUUUUGCUACUGUUCUUUGUGAUGUAAUGGUCCUUUGUAUUCCAUUUAUUUAUUUUUUAGCAAGGGGUGCCGAUUACCGAAUUUCGAAUGAUCAAUUCUCCAGAUCGUUAUUUGCCCCGUUAGCAAAUGUGUGAAUUUGUAUAAUGACACUACUUGUCCAGAAUCUUUUGUACUCCCAUUCAAACUCACUCCAAUGUGAUGGAGCAGUUACCAAAUGUGUGUUCAUAAUCUAUCAUAGCAAUGGGUUUACAAACUGAAUCUGAAUGUCAAGAGUAUGAUGUUGAAUCAGUUCCAAAGUUUUACAUUGCCUUUAGGCCAAGCAAAUAUUACUUUUCCUAGCAUGCAAAUAUUCCUCUAUCCUGAAUCCUAUUCCAUUUUCUCAAAUGCUCUGUAAACAGUUGUCGAUUUAACAGUGAACUGCUUAAUUAUGGGCCAUUCCCAACAUUGCAGAGAGAAAGAAAAUAGAAAAGUAAUAAAUACACAAUGAGUAAUGAUAACUUGGCUAUAUACAAGAGGUACCAGUACAAUGUACAGGGUUAUGAGGUAAUUGAGGUAGAUAUGUACAUACAACUAAGAAAUAAGUGACAGAUAAAACUGUCAAAAGUUGGUGCAAAAAGGAGCUGUGUGAGAAUGUUAGUUUUCAUAUCAUUGGUAAUAUAAUUAGAUGCAUGUGAAGAAAUUAUAAUAAAGGUGAUUUGAUAUUUG